UGCAGUUGGCAUGUUCUGAUUGCGCUUUUAGAGUCAAUAUCUGCUCGUUCACGAUCAUCCUUGGCUCAUCCAACGCUGCUCUACACUUGCACAAUUGAUGGAACCGGCCUCUGCAAUCGCAGGCCUUAUCGGGCUAGCCCAGCUCGUCGGUCAAACCCUUGUGCCAUACGUGAUCACCGUCCAUGGGGCACGCGAGGAGAUACAAAACCUCCAGAAUGAAGUCCUGGCGCUCUCAGACUGCCUCGCAGAUUUUCAGACCAGCCUCGAGAAAUAUCACUUUCCUGGAGGCAAGCUCAACACUUCGACGGCUCUAGGUCAGGCGAUCAAGGACUGUAACGACUUGCUUACGUCACUCCGAAAGAAGUUGACAAAAUGCAGAAUCCUUAUCUGGCCGUUCUGCGAGAAGGAUACUGCCAAGUUGAUACAGAGAAUUCAGGGAUUCACACAGAUUAUUCACUUUUCAAUGUCCACUAGUGGCUUUUCUGUUCUUUUAGAGUCGUCGCAAGAGGCUUCCGCUGAGCUUAGAGCGAUUAGUCUCCGACAAUCUGGAAUUGACGAAAAGAUGGCCAAGAUAUUAGAUUCGCUCAAGUUUGCAAAUAGUCUGUCCGCAAAUGUUGAAGGCGUCAUCAAUGCGGCAUCAAGAACCGAGAUCCUUGUUCAAGACCAAACCUAUGAAGCGUUUCUCAAAUGGCUAUAUCCGGGAGACUCGAGCCAGAAGCACAACUCCAUUGAGCCGUGUAGUCUAGAGGGCUCUUGCGAGUGGUUCUUUGAGAGCCAAAGCUUCCGCGAUUGGAUCCAGCAGAAAGAGUCCACCACGCUUUACUGCUAUGGAGACCCAGGUGUCGGCAAGACGUAUCUGACCUCUCUCGUCAUUCAAUAUCUGGAGACCCUGCAAAGCUCUUCGCCGGUGCGCUUGGCGUAUUUCUACUUUUCGUUUAGUGACCCGGCGGCCCAGGAACCUCAGAACGUGCUACGUUGUCUGAUAAGGCAGCUCCUGUCGAAUUUUGAUCGUGUACCGAGCGCGGCCGGAGAUCUCUAUAAACUCUUCGCGAAGCGCAAGCCGGUUCCUUCCUACCAGGUUCUUAGCAGCACUUUCUUCCAGCUCUGUUCCUCAACUUCCGGUGUAGUUGUGGUCAUGGAUGCUCUUGAUGAAUGUGACGCCAAGCUGCAUCGAAGACGCAUACUCAAAUUCCUCAAGGAUUUGAUGGCGGCCAAAGUCAAACUAUUUGCGACCAGUCGGCCUCAUGUCGAAGAGGUCAGGAAUUUGUUCUCGGCAUCUUUAAGCAUCGUUGCCAGGGCUAGCGAGUCCGAUAUGAGGUCGUACUUGAUUGAGAAGAUAGACGAGCGACGAGAAGAGUCUGAGGAGGUAUAUUAUAUGAUUAGCAAUGAAUAUGGGGAAGAGAUUGUCAACACUCUUGUGGAGAAGGCGAAUGGCAUGUUCAUUUAUGUGGCGCUCCAGAUCGAGAAUAUCCUGAGCCAGCCAAGUCAUCGCGCGAUGAAGGAAGCAGUAAACAGUCUGGCGGACGAUCUGGAUGGAAGUUAUAAGUCCACCAUGGACAGAAUCAAUAGCAUUCCCAUCAAGUCGUGCGUCACGUUGGCCUACCGAGUGUUUCAGUGGAUAUAUCAUGCCAAACGGCCGCUACAUGUCGAAGAAUUGCGUCAUGCUCUUGCUACGACACCACAUGAGAGCUCGCUCGACAUCGAGAGUCUGGUUCCUGCACGGUUCCUGCUUUCUUACUGCUGCGGACUUGUUAUUGUCAACAGUCAGCAAGUUAUACAGUUUGUACAUCAGUCUGUGCAAGAGUACUUUUGUGGGCAUAGAGCUGAGCUCAUCCCCGAUGGCCACAAGAACUUGGCCCUGACCUGCAUUGCUUACCUGUCCUUCGAUGACUUCAUUUCCGUAAAUAUCGACGAUCUCGAAACUAUCAAAGCGCUACCGGAGCGAUUUCCUCUCCUCGACUAUGCCGCAACCCAUUGGGGCGACCAUGCCGCUGACGAUGCUGAUGAGGCGGUUCUCGCUGUGGUAGAAAGGUUCUAUACUCGCACCCGUAACCUUCAAGUUUGGGCAGCAUAUGACCUGCACUUGAAUUCCGGGUGGCCUUCGACACCGGGGGACUUGUCACCCCUGCAUCUGGCCGCGCGAUUCGAUCUGACGACUUGGGCAACCAUGCAUACGACGCGAUUGGUGGCUGACCUCAAUAGGCCGACGUCACUCGGGGACACACCGCUUAUGAUAGCUUCACAGUUCGGGCAUGACACCUUUGUUCGACUCCUCCUCGCCCAGCGGAAUAUCUCUGCCUCCCUCAACGCAGUCGACAGCAGUGGCUUAACAGCAAUUUGUCGGGCCGCCAAGUACAACAAAACAGCAACCUUAUCAAUUCUCCUCGAAAAGCAAGACGCCGAUGUCAAUCUUGGAUGCCCUCUCUUUGUUGCACUAACGAACCGGUCCUUCACCGCAUUUGAUACCCUCAUCGCCACACGAAAAGACCUAGACGUAAACACAACUGAUAGGGAAGGUCAUACACUGCUGUUCUAUGCUGCAAGUGAGAUGUUUAGCAGCGCAGUUCAGACGCUGCUUACGAGGGAUGACUUGCGGCCAGACGGUGGCACUGGCGAUAUGGGGGCGCUGAUUGUUGAUUUGAUUGAGGAUCAGGACAUUAUGACGAACGAGGAGAUAGAGUCGCUUCCGGUUAUGGCUCGUGAUAUAGCGUCAUUCUUCUGGAACUGCAGGAUGAAUGAUGUGAAUGGCAACAAGGAAGGGCCAGAUAUACCAUUGGACUGGUUUCUGGCCUGUUGCAGCUGCUUCAUGCAGGAUUACCCACAUAUGAUCGAGGACUGGAUCGAUGCUGGCCAGAUCGACCCCAACAUAUGCGAUCAGCGGGGUCGGACGUUGUUCUACGUCGCAGCCUGGAGAUCGGAUAUUGACCUGGCGCAGAAGCUCAUUGAUCAUGGAGUGAUCCCGAAGCAAGACAAAUACGGAUGCUCACCCCUGUACCAUGCUGCCAGGGAAGACUGCAAAGACCUCGUUCAAAUUUUGCUCGAUCACGGUGCCGAUGCGACAUGGAGGGAUCAGGAUGGGGACACGGCACUACAUGCGGCGGCUUUGGCUGGUAAGGCGGCCAACCUACGUGUUCUCCUUGAUCACGGAGCCGAUGCGAACGCAGUCAACGAGGCGGGCCAAUCUGUGUUACACUGGGCCACUUGCGGCGGAGAUUCUAAAACGGUCAAGACGUUGCUUGACCGUGGCGCUGAGGCGGACAUGAAAUAUGAGCCGGGAGGCACGCGUACACCAUUGGCCCUGGCGAUUGAUAAUGUAGAAAUUCAGUUGGAGACGGUGAAGGCCCUCGCAGAGCACGGAGCAGAUCUCGGACAAGUGACUGUAGGAGGAUUCACGAUGCUGCAUCUGGCAGCAUCCCAUAAUCGAGCAGACAUUUGCCGGUUCCUCUUAGAUAGAAGAGAAGCCAUCGUCGAUCCUAACGCGAUAAGUAUAUGCAUGCAAACGCCAUUAAACCUGGCCAUGCGUGGCAUGGAUCUCGAGAGCAUUGAGGUAUUGAUCAUGCACGGUGCCGAUCCCACUGCGAGGGACAUUUACGGAUCAACUCCGCUUGACUGGGCUGCACGCUGGGGACCAGCAUGGGAUAAGAUGCCACAUGAGGCGAAGAUGCAAUAUAGAUCCACUAGUCUAGAUGUACGGACUCGGCACCAGAAGGACUCAUUGUUCUUGUUGAUCGACAAGGCCCUUGAUGAGAAAAUGGACGAUAUGAGAUUGUACGGGAGUCUAGGCAUUUUUAACACAAUAGGGCAUAUCCUCCUCUUCCUGAACGACAGCAGAAACGCCGACAUGGACAAGGCAGCUCAGAUAGCCUUCGAGCAGCUCACCGAGGUGAGGCGUGGCGAGCGAGUUCAAGAUGGCACAAUCCGAUGUACCCGCUGCCGCACCAGGUCGGACAGGUGGAAGUAUCCCAAUCGAUACGUCUGCAGGACAUGUGCGGCUGUCGACCUGUGUUCAGAAUGUUUUGGUAAGAGAAAUGAUGGCUGCGCGACGGCGUGGUGCUCGGAUCACGAGUUCAUUGUGGUCCCGCGUAACUGCAGAGACACUAUGCCUAGAGGGAUAGUGGAUGUUAGCAGCGAUGGCCACGGAAUAACUCAAUGGCUAGGCUGCUUAAGGGAUCACUUCAUAUUAGAGGACUUUAUAGGUUCUCCCAUAAUAGUAUCGUAAUGCUUUUUGAACAGACAUAUCAAGCCCAAUGCCUUGGUGAACUCA